AUGUUUAAGCUGCGGCUGGGCUGGUACGCCGGGGUAUCGACUGCCCUGGCGGGUGCCGUCGUCCUGUCGGCAUUCCACCAGCGCGCCAACUUUUAUUCGGCCAUGGUAUACCUUGCGCAGAGCAACUUCUGUCUGCUGGUCCUGGUCAACUUCACAUUGCUAUUGUAUAGUAGCUUUAUAUAUGCCUUGACGCAGCUGUGUUUCGGCACGUUGCGUGCGAUCGAGGUCGAGCAGCUCACCGAGCGAGCAUGGUUUGCCAUCACCGAGACGUGCCUGGCCAUGACCAUCUUUCGGGAAGAGAUUGGGGCUUGGUUCCUCGUCAUGUUCACGGCAUUGGUCACAGGCAAGGUCUGGGGCUGGAUUGGAGAUGGGCGUGUCGAAUUUCUCGAGCAACAACCCCCCGCGAACCCCCGGCUCUUCCAUCUGCGACUCAGCAUCUCUCUUGCUGCUAGCUUUAUCUACGAUAUCUGGAUACUCCGCUAUGCGAUCUAUACCGUCAUUCAACAAGCUAGGCCCAACAUGAUGGUUAUGUUCCUCUUCGAGUUCGCUGUUCUGGCUACCUGUUCCUGGAGAACGGGGGCUCGGUACUUGGUGUCGCUCACGGAGCAGCGCAUCGUCCAUUUGCAGACGAGAACACGCUUGGCAGAGCGGAGGGCAGAAGUCAGCCAACAGCGCGAGGCCAUCAUUCGUCAACGAGAGCAGGCUGCAGCAGCUGGAGAGCCAGCUCCGGAAACCGAGGAGCCUUUACCCAACCCUGACGACAUUGAUGAAAUGGAUAUUGAAGUUCCUGGCUGGGCAGCAAAGGGCGAGCUCGUUCUUUGGCUAGAUCUGGUUACUGAUAUGGUCAAGCUGGGCAUCUACGUCUCGUUCUUCAUGAUGCUUCUCGUAUUCUAUGGACUUCCUAUUCAUAUCAUGAGGGACCUGUUCAUGACAACACGCGACUUCCUCAAGAGGCUUAAUGCACUUUUGCGGUACAGACGGGCAAUUCAGGAGAUGAACAAGUACCCCGAUGCUACUGAGCGCGAUCUUGCGCAAGAAAAUACGUGCAUCAUCUGUCGUGAAGAGAUGCAUCUGUGGGAUCCUGCAAACAACGCGGGCACCAUCGACCGUGUGCGUCCCAAGAAGCUCCCCUGUGGUCACAUUCUACAUCUUGGCUGCCUCAAGAGCUGGCUGGAACGGCAGCAGGUAUGUCCAACGUGUAGAAGCCCUGUCACGGGUGAGCGACCUCGAUCUGCCAACGGCGCCCGUCGCGCUGCUCUUCGGAUUCAAUUCGGACCUCAACGGGGUCAGGAACGUGCUGAUGGCAACGACAACGCAAAUAAUAAUAACAAUAACGAUAACAAUAACGUACGCCGUGAUGGACAGAAUGCCGCGGCAGCUCCUCGACAAGCUCAAGGAGCAGGGCGGCCUCGUGUCUUCCAAUUUGGACCUAUCAGACUCGGAUUUGGAGCCAAUGACCAGCAAGUCCGUGAGCUCGCCCAAGAGUUUGGCAUGCCACAAAUUGCUCCCGAUCAAGGCCAAAAUGCUUCCACGGCGACUGCUCAAACUCAGAUUCAACUACCUCCAAACAGUGAGACUUAUCAGAAUUUUCUUAAUCAGGCGGAGCAGCUGCUGCAACGCCAAUUGGCCAGCUUGCAGAACACGCAGCAAGAGCUACAGAUUGCCAAUCUUCUCAAUACCGAGAUGCAGCGACUUCGUCAACGACGACUACAGCCACAGGAUGCCGCACAGAAUGGCCAAGCGCAGCCCCCUACAUCUUUCAAUCAGCCAACCGGCUUACCUCCUGUAGGGUUGCCGCCUCUGCCUGUUGCCCUACCUCCUCUUGCAAUCCCUGCUGGCAGCCCCGAUUUGCCAGAAGGAGUAGUGCUGCCUCCGGGGUGGUCCUUGACGCCUCUGCAGAGACUUGAUAAUGCUCAAACAGUGCCUCCUUACUCUCCCCAGACUGCUGUACAGCCAACGCCAACAACGUCACAUAGUCAAGAGACAGUCCCGGCAGAAUCUUCCUCAAUUCCUGCUCCAGUAGCUCAUGUGUCGACACCGCGAGCAGAUACACUGCCUGUUCCCAGUGUUUUGUCUGAUCCUCCGCCCGUGGUGUCACCUAGUCCGAUGCUGCCAAACUGGGGCGGAUCCAAUCAGCUUUUCGGCGGCAGCUCUCGUCUGGAACAAGGAGACACGGCGAGCCAAGCUAGUACACAGGCCGCUCCAUCAACGGAAAUCGACAAUGCGCCUGAAACUAGUAGUGCUCACGAGUCUCUGCCGGCGGCGGAUCUCAAACGGGAGCCGAGCAUCCUUGAGCUUGAGCAGCAGAAUGACGAGAGCCAUGCUGAGGAUGAUCGAUCUGAAAAGGGAAAGGGUAGGGCCGUCACUGUGGAAGAGGCUGAGGAUGAGGAGGACUGA